AUGCAGACCAAGUACCUCUCUAUCCUCGGCGCUACUGCCGCAGCUGUUACUGGCGUCUCUGCUCGUGAUAUCCAGCAUGUCGACGUUGUCCACAUCUUCGAGACUCUUCACGUCUCCGAGCAAGUCCGCAACUUCACUCCCAACAAGCGCAACAUCGACGCCCUCUUCGCGCGCGACUCGAAUGAUGAGUGUCUAAGCUCGGCCACUUCCAUCCUGCGAGCCUUUCCCACCCCAACAGGCAGUCUUGGAGCCUAUGUUAGCACUGCCCAAACUCAAACCAACCCUUGCACUCUAGAGGUUCCUGCUACGCUCUCCUCGGACUUGAUGAGCUACUACACCAGCUUGACUGAUUGGGAGAUGGACAACGACGACGGUUUGAUCAAGUUCAUCCAAAAGUGCGCCAGCCAGGAUGACCUUGAUGAGAUCAACAAGGAGCUGGGCGGCGGCUCAGAGUGCUCCGGUCUUGGAACUGUUCUUUUCACCGCUGCGAGCAGCACCAAGACUGUCGAUUUGCAGACUGCAUUCCCCGACUACACUGCCGCCUCUGUACCCACCACGGUCGACAACGCUGGUGUUGCCCGCGAUGUUAGCAAGUUUGCUGCUGCCGCCGCUGCAGUUGUUGCCGGCUUCAUGAUUGCUGCUUAA